AUGGUGAAUGAAAUUGGUACUGAACCUGAAGGAUCUUCAAGAACAUUAACAACUGCAUUGGAUUAUAAUCAACCUCUCUUCCUCGGUCCUUCAGAUAUAAGUGGAAUCCCGAUCAUUUUCUUUCAAUUAACAGGUGUUGAGAACUUUUCUAUUUGUUUUGGAUCUAUGUGUAUUGCCCUGUUAGGAAGGAAUAAGUUAAGUAUUGUUGAUGGCACUUGCUCUAAAGAUAAAUUUUCAAUUGAUCUGGGAAGCCACUGGGAGAGGGUAAAUGCAAUUGUCCUAUCUUGGAUUAUGAAUUCUGCCUCUAAAGAACUUCUAGGAGGAAUCAUGUAUGCAUCAGUUGCUAGUGUUGUCUGGGCAGAGUUGUAUGAAAGAUUUCACAAAAUAGAUGGUGCAAGAACUUUCAAUUUACACAAAGAAAUUGCAACCCUUUCUCAAGGGAAUGCAUCUCUGUCUUCUUAUUUCUCAAAAUUAAAAGACUUGUGGGAAGAAUUUGAGGCACUAGUGCCUACACCUAGAUGCAAGAAGCCAAAUUUUACUCAUGACCCCCUUCCUUCUAUAAAUCAGGCAUAUGCCAUGGUCAUAAGUGAUGAAAGUCAUAAAGCUACAACAAUUCAUGCUGGAAUCUUGGGAACUAGUCCUGUUGUUAUGUCUGGAAAUAACUGUAAGUUAGCAAUGUACACAAGACAUGAAAAUGGUGGGAGUAAUCCUCAGAAGUUUAAGAAAAAUUACAACCUUCAAUAUGAUUUCUGCAAAUUGAAAGGACAUACUAGAGAGACUUGCUGGAAACUUGUUGGUUAUCCAAAUGAUCACAAGUUCAAGAAAAAGUCUAAGAUGGAAGGUAGCAAUGCAGCUUAUAAUGUGUCUCCUAGUACACAGCUCGGUCAUCAUGGUCUAGGAUCAUGUAAUCAACAUGCAAGGCAAGGUUUUCAGUCUCAUGAUACAGGAAUUCAAGUUGGUUUUGAUGUUCAGAUGAAUCAAAUAAGUCAAGUGGGAAGCGUACCAUUUACUAAAGAGCAAUAUGAGCAAAUCUUGAGAAUGAUUAAUAGCAACAACACUGGCUCACAUGCAGAAGAAUCAACAAAUGCUGCUACCACUUUUAAUGUAGGUAUUAGUGCUUUCUCUGCAUCUGUUAAGUCUAGAGAAUGGAUUAUAGAUAUGGGGGCUACUAAUCACAUGGUAGCUGAUUUAGAUUUACUCCUUGGACACUCUACAACAAAGUUAGACAUACCAAGAGAUGUGUAUUUGCCAAAUGGUGGUACUACUAAAGUAACACAUGUGGGAAGUAGUUGCUUAUCAAAAGAUAAUGUGGAACUUUACACUGGAAAGGUGGGGGGGAUUGGUAAGCCUGCUGGAGGACUAUAUCUAUUGGUUGGACAGCAAGACAAUGAGAUUUCACAGCAUGCAGCUAAUAAAGUGACAAAUGGUGGUACAUUUACAAUAAGUAAUGAUGACAUAUACCUUGGGCACAGAAGAUUAGGUCAUGUGUCCACUCAUGCUCUAAAGAAAAUAGUUACUUCUGAUAUUCGAAGUAUAGAAGAUAGAAUAAGGAAAUGUACGACAACCUGUGCUUAUACACCUCAGCAAAAUGGUGUUGUUGAGAGAAAGCACAGGCACAUCCUAGAAGUCACAAGAGUAGUCAGGUUUCAGGGUGCUAUUCCUAUACAUCUUUGGGGUUAUUAUGUGUUAGCUGCAGUGGACAUUAUUAAUAGGUUACUUAGUUCAGCUAUUGAUUAUCAAGUUCCUUAUGAGAGGUUUUAUGGUAAGAAAGCUAACUACGAUCACUUGAAAGUGUUGGGAUGUCUAUGCUAUGCUAAAGUGCUGAAUGAGCAUGACAAGCUAAUGCCUAGAGCUAGAACUACUGUGUUGACAGGGUACUCUAACACACAGAAAGGAUAUGUUCUCUAUGACAUAUCUAGCAAAUUUGUGUCUGUGUGUAGAGAUGUUUUAUUUAGGGAAGAUAUAUUCCCAUUUAAAGUGAACAAAGAUCAAAAUAAGUCACAUGUUCAUAUAUUUCCAUUGGAAGAUCAAUUUCCAGUAGUAGGUGAUGUUGUGACACCUCUGAAGAUUCCAUUAACUACGAAAUCUUAA